AUUAGCCAAUGUAAAACCCUAACUGAGUAGAAGAGAAGCAAACUCUGGAGUCUGGGCAAGUGAAUCAACCGAAUCGCAGCUUCCUGAAGUUUACAUUACUACGCGAACGAUUCUGCUUCUAGUUCAAUAUGGGCCUGUCUUCAAAGAGAGCAAGGAAAACAAUGGAGAGUGACAGUGAUCUGGAAGACUUCAGUGAUCUUGAAAAUGAGAAGAUGACAGUUAAGAAUAAAGUGGAUGAGGAGGAACAAUAUGAUUAUGAUUAUGAUGAUGAUGAUGAGGAAGAAGGAGAUGAAGAAGAGGAGGGGUCAUAUGAGGAAGAAGAUAGCAGUGAUGAGCAAAAUGAUAGCCAUAAAGAUGAUGAAAUGGAGCAGCUGGAGAAAGAAUACACGGAACUUCGGCAACAGGAAAUGGAUGUAUUGAAGAAUCUCAAGAGUCACAAGGAUGAAGAUAUUCUUAAAGGUCAAGCAGUAAAGAAUCAAAAGGCUCUCUGGGACAAAACCCUGGAGUUCCGAUUCUUACUUCAGAAAGCCUUCUCAAGUUCGAAUAGACUACCACAGGAGCCAGUUAAGUCGUCAUUUUGUGAUUCAGACGAAGCAGUCAGUGUGGCAUAUUCAGACCUAAUUACAUCAUCCAAGAAAACUUUAAAUGCUCUAUCGGAACUGCAAGAGGCUUUGCUCGAGAAGAAUCAAUCGAUUGCUCAAUCCUUAGAUGGUAAUUCUGGACAGUCAUCUAAUAUGCGUUCAGAAGAUUCUAAGAACUUUAAUGCCGAGGACAAAGAAUGGUUUCAAGUUUCUCAAGUGCAUAGGAGAAUAGCUUCUUUCAGAGACAAAUCAAUAGACAAAUGGCAGAGGAAGACACAGGUGACAACUGGUGCUGCUGCUAUUAAAGGGAAGUUGCAUGCUUUUAACCAGAAUAUUAGUGAACAAGUUGCUGCUUAUAUGAGGGAUCCAAGUAGAAUGAUUAAGCAGAUGCAACAGAGAAGGUCAACUGUUGGCGUAUUUGAGGCUGUUCCUGAAGGAAUGAGCGAUAAGGAAGAGGAAGCAAAUGCUGAUGGUGACCCUGAAAUUUUGGACGACUCUGAAUUCUAUCAACAAUUAUUGAAAGAAUUUUUUGAGACAAUUGACCCAUCAUCCUCAGAGACGGCAUUCUAUGCUAUUAAAAAACUGCAAACUAAGAAGAGAAAAAUUGUUGAUCGGCGGGCCUCAAAGAGCCGUAAAAUUAGAUAUAAUGUCCAUGAAAAGAUUGUCAAUUUCAUGGCGCCUCAGCCCAGGGACCUCCCCCCAAUGGCUCCUAAAUUAUUUGAAAAUUUGUUUGGGUUGAAAACCCAGAAACCCGCUGCUGCAUAAAAUUCCGGUGCUCAAGUAAUGUGCCUCGAAAUAUCGUACCUUAGUCUCUUUGUAAUUCAAUUUUUCUUUUGAUUUUACCUGUAAUUUUGAAAGAAAAAUUCAAGAUAUAGCAGGAAUGUUACGAAUUUCUCAUAUUU